AACUCAACUGAACUUUGGGAUAGUUUUAAAGAAGGAUAUCAAGACCUGCAAGGGAAUUGAACCGUUGACAGACCCGACCAGAAGCACCAUGACCAGUGUUAACUCCCCCGCCUGCCUCCUGGCUCGUAACCAGUUCUAUCGAAACAAAACAAGCCCUACAGAGAGUAUAAAGCCUACUGCAGUCUACAGCCUCUCUGAUUGGUCGAUGCUCCAAGUACUGGUCUGGGUGACCAUGUCAACACAACCAGAGUUCCCAGGAGCAGGGGGGAUAUCUAAAGGAUGGUGGGUCAGUGUGGUUCUGGGGAGCCCCAAACCACGCACCGUCCCGUCCAGCGUCCCCCCAACCCACCCUCACCCGGCGCCCCCUGUCCAGCGCCCCAGCCCACCCACCCCUCCAGCCCACCCACACCCGGCGCCCCCAGUCCAGCACCCCUUUCCAGCGCCCCAGCCCACCACCCCUCCAGCCCACCCUCACCCGGCGCCCCCAGUCCAGCGCCCCGGUCCAGCGCCCCCCAGCCAACAGAGCGGUCCAGUAGAGACACACCACCACCAAUCAACAGGUUGAAACACACAAGGGGAAAAGACUCCAAAAGGAAGACAAGGGAGAAGACACCUUCCACUCUGUCUGUCCUCAGCACAGAAAUAUGCACUUGAUCAAGCCAGUCUGUGUUGGACCGGUUUUACAUUUUGCGUCACUUCCUAUCCUACCCUGACUCCUAUUUCGUUGAAGGCAGAAGGAAGGGUGAGAAGAAAAAAAAAGCGAUUUCUGCAAGCGCUCUCUAAAACAGACGUCAGCCUUUAUUCAACCUCUAUUCGCCGAAGCGUUACAGAUCGCACGCUAUCGAAACUUAAAGGCCAUUUCUGAUUGAGCCGACAUAUUUCAGCGUUUUACCGCGAAUGUAGUCUCCACUAACAUCGCCUUUUAAAAUUUCAAUCGCGCCGUAACGCUGAACUUCCGCGAUAUGGAUUGAAAAGAACCCCCUUUGUAUAUUAUUCCAUACAUUGGAAUACGAUGUGAAUUCAAUCAAACACACAGUCCAGUUAUACCCCCCCCCCUCUGCCCCUACUCUCCUCUUUCUUUUAUUAAUUUCCCCCUCACUUCCUUUCUUCGUUUCAUAACUUGUCCGCAGCCUGCUUCUACACCUGCAUUGCUUGCUGUUUGGGGUUUUAGGCUGGGUUUCUGUACAGCACUUUGAGAUAUCAGCUGAUGUAGGAAGGGCUUUAUAAAUAAAUUAGAUUAGAUUUGAUUCUUCUCUGUGCAGCACCACUGAAGGGACAAGAUGUUCCUCCUGAUACUGGCUGGUUGCCAGGCAGCAAUAUGGGAACAUUCAUACAUGACUGGAAUAAAACAACUGCGUUUAGAUCAGACCAUAGAGCAACAACAACGAAAAGGUAUAGACAUUAAUCAAAUAAGAUCUGAUUACAGAUCAGAUUCACCAAUCUCCUACAGCAGGAACCUGUUGACAUGAGUCAGAUUCGGAUCUGUUUACUGUAACAGUAUUUGCUUUCGGAGCAGCAUGGUAGUUGAAUUAAAAUCUCCUUGUACAUUGCAAGAACCUGUUAGAGAGAGCUAGAGAGAGACAGGCAACAGAAAACUGUUGCUUGGUUCAGAGCUAGAGACAGGCAGUAGAAACCUGUUGCCUGGUUCAGAGCUAGAGAGAGAGACAGGCAGCAGAAACCUGUUGCCUGGUUCAGAGCUAGAGACAGGCAGCAGAAACCUGUUGCCUGGUUCAGAGCUAGAGAGAGAGACAGGCAGCAGAAACCUGUUGCCUGGUUCAG